ACCAUAAAACCCGAGAUGCUUUCCAUUUUCCCCAAACUCUCCAAGCAAAUCCCAUUUCCGCCGGUCCUCCCUUCGCCAAGCCGUCGGCGACUGCUGCAGCACAGCCUCCUCCCCCUCCUCAUGGCCGACCCCUCCCCCCCCUCCCCCCCGGCGGCCUCCGCCGGCGACGCCCUCCUCGCGCCGGACGCGACCCUCCCCGCCGCCGCCGCCCCCGACCUGGACAAGGAGUUCGGGUUCCAGCGGGCGGAGCUCGGUAAGGAGAAGCUCGCCGGGACGGUCGGCUUCCACGAGCGCCACGUGUUCCUCUGCUACAAGGGCCCUGAGGAGUGGCCGUCCCACGUCGAGGCCUCCGAGUCCGACCACCUCCCCCGGCACCUCGCCGCCGCCAUCAAGGCCCGCAAGCCCAAUCUGAAGAAGAGCACCAAACUGACAAUUUGUGAAGGAGGAGAUGGCACUGAGUCAUCUCUUGGAGACGUGUUGAUCUUUCCUGAUAUGAUCCGAUACAGAGAGCUGACCCACCUUGAUGUCGACAACUUUGUGGAAGAAGUACUCGUGAAAGAUACUGAAUGGCUUCCUGGAUCUCCUGAGGCUAUAAAAGGUUCCUUUGUUUUUGUCUGCUGCCAUGGAAGCAGGGAUAAAAGGUGUGGUGUUUGCGGUCCUGCUCUGAUUACAAGGUUCAAGGAAGAGAUUGAAGGACAAGGUCUUGAUGGUCAGGUGGCUGUUAGUGCAUGCUCACACGUUGGAGGUCACAAGUAUGCAGGAAAUGUCAUCAUAUUCAGUCCAGAUGCCAAGGGAGAAGUGACUGGUCAUUGGUAUGGUUAUGUUGCUCCUGAUGAUGUGCCUGUGUUACUGCGUCAACAUAUCGGACAAGGAGAGAUUGUGGGCCAUCUAUGGAGGGGCCAGUUGGGUUUGUCUGAAGAGCAGCAGAAGAAAGCUCUGGAGCUUAGGCACGCGACGAAUGGCCUGACUGAGGAAGAAUCAAGCGCCAAAGAAUCCCCUGAAGCAAAUGGAACCAACGGUGCUGCUUGCAACCCUGCACCUGCAGGUGGAUGCUGCCAGGGCAAUGGAGGAGGGUUAACCUGCUGCCAAAGUGAUGUGCCAGAAGCAAAACAGGAUAAGAACAUUCCAGCUGAGCAGAACCACAAGAGCUCUACGACAGAGAGUGGCAAAGAAAACGGUGCUGCCAGCAAGAAGGGGCGCAUGAAGAUUUGCCGGACGCCCACCUGGUUUGAGACCUGGGACAGGUCCGACACCUACACCACUCUUGCUGUUGUUGCUUCUGCUGCAACCGUGUUCGCAGCGUUCAGGUGCUACAAGGCCAUGAACUGAACCCUGCGAAGCAAUCCUCACAACAAGGCCAGGUUCUGUGCACCAAGGACAGUCUACCGCAGUAAAACAAUCUGAUUUGAGAAUAAUAUACUGCUUGUGCAUAUCAAGACAAUAUGCGUUAGGGCUUUAGAAAGUAGCUGAUCUGGAGAUGGCGAUGAAAAUCUGUUAUGCGUAAUGUCCUCAUGUACUAAAACUCGUAAGUUUGAAGUUCCCCGUGCCUUGGCUGUAUGGCUGUGGCCGUGGUGUUCAGCGUGAUGAUGAUGUUAUGCUCGUUUGGCUGGA